CAUUGCGAUGGCCGUGUUGUGAAUGUGUGGUUUUUGUAUUUUAUUGUUUACUUGGCAUUUUUUUAUUGCUUUUCGCCUUUCUUUAUACGUCAUUGUCCUCGCCAGACAUAAACGAGAUAGCGAAAAAAUCAUAAACACAAUUUCUUAUUAGAAAUGUGACAAGUUAUGUGACGCGCGUAACGGAGGCAUCGUUUCCUACAUUCUUACACCAUAAAUGUAACGUAACGUUUGUUUCCUGUGUGAUGUUAUUGCAAAUCGGCGCCGGGUAACCCAGGAAGAUGCCUUUCAAGUUGAAGCUGAAGAAAACGCGGCAAUACAAUGUGGCUUCGAAGAGUUUGUUCGUGAUAAGUGUGGAGCUGCUGGAUGGAGGUGUCGCGGAUUGUACGCUGUCCGUGGACAGUUCAGGGCAGGAGUGUCUCGACAAUGUGUGCCAGAGGCAGGCCAUAAACCAGCCGGAGUUCUUCGGGCUGCGCUACAUCGACCGCAGCCAGCAGCCGCGAUGGGUGCAGCUGGAGAGACCUCUCAAGCGCCAAUUGGACAAAUAUGCGUCUUCCCACCAACUGUAUCUGCGUGUGAUGUACUACGUCAUAUCCGGCACGAGCCUGAUCACAGAUGAGGUGACCAGAUACCACUACUUCUUGCAGUUGAAGAACGAUUUAGUGGAAGGUCGUAUAAUCUGUGAUUGCCAGCAAGCUGUGGUGCUAGCCUCGUACAGCAGGCAGGCUGAGUAUGGGAAUCACGACCGAGAGAGGCACACAGUGGAGUACUUGAAGAAUUUGCUGACAUUUCCUAAGCAGAUACUAGAUGGCGGGCAGAUCAUUGACAGCAGCACCCUGGCAGAGACAGGAAAGCUGGAGUACCUCACCGCAGCCGUGAUACAGCACCAUAUGGCACUCCACAACAUGUCUCAGGCUCAAGCCGAAGAAGGCUUCAUCACAGCAUGCCAGCAGCUGCGCGGAUACGGGCAGGAGAUGUUCGCGGCGCGCAACCAGCGCGACCAGACCGAUGCCACCAUCGCCAUCUCGCUCACCGGCAUUCGGGUGCUCACCGAGGCCAGCGACGCGCCCACCUUCUAUAGAUGGAUGGACAUAACGAACGUGAUCAACCACAAACGCACGUUCAGCAUCGAGUGCUGUAAGGCGGAGUCGGCAUCGUUCGCGUUGCCGUCGCCCGAGGACGGCAAGUACGUGUGGCGCGCCUGCAUCCGCCAGCACACCUUCUACAUGCGUCACCAGCGCGCGCUCAGCGAGCAGCCCUACGACGAGCCCCGGCCCAACUUCCAGGAACAUGGUCUCUCGGAGAGCCGCGAGGAGCUGGAAGUGCGCUCACCGCCGGAGCUGGGCAGCGCGCGUCUGCAGCCGCUGACCGCCGCGCACCGUGCGCACUCCACAUCCUGCCUCGAGCUGGCCGAGCCGCACCCGCCGCUCGCGCACAGAAACAGAGCGCUGCUGCCGUCGUACCGGCCGGCGCCGGACUACGAGACGGCCGUGCAACAGAAGCACCAGCAGCAGCGCCUGGCCGCGCCGGGCCCGCCGCGCGGCUUCGGCUCGCACCCAGACAUGCAGCGGCUGCCCUACGAGCGGCGCGCGCGGCCUGACGACUACUAUGCGCUCGACUACCGCGCGCCCUACCCGCUCGUGCCCUACGUCAACGUGUAUGAACAGAGUGAUGCGGCAGUGUACAAGCCGCCGCCGCCGUAUCCCGCGUCCAGCUCCACGCCCGACCUGGCCAGCCUGGCGCCGCCGCGGCCGCUGCUGGCCGUCACCGGCUCCAGCCCCGACCUGGUCUCCGCGCGCUACCUCGGCUACUACGGCGUGCUCGGGCUCCGCGCGCCGCCCUCGCACGGCACCUACGGCGACCUGGCGUCCGUGCUGGUGGGCCCGCGCGCCUACGACGACAGGUACCGCGCGCCCUACCGCCGCCCGGCGCCGCCGAGCGACCACGAACCCAUCUACGAGAAUGUGCCGCUGCCCUGGCAGAGCGAGCGCAAUAUCGCCAUGCGAGACCGAGCCCAGAGUUUAACGACGACGGAUGAAAUCGCGCGGUUGAACGAACGGAACGGCAGCCACCCCGCCAUAAAUAACUACGGAAACCUGAACACCACGCUGAACGUGCCGAGCUAUCACGUGCCGAUGAAGAUCGAAACGCCCGACAGCCACUACGUGAACGCUCAAAUAAUAAAGGGUGUCCGCGAGUCGAGCGUGCCGAAAGAAGCCUCGAACCGAUCGAUAAACAGGGAGUUCGAAAACGUGACGCUGGCGGUCGACCGAAUAUCGUUGAGGCAGGACGAAAAGGAGUGCGACGAGACGCCGUAUCAAAGCCUGUCGACGCACCGCGUGUCGAACAACAACACGAUAAACAAGUCGGACAACGUGACGUCGAUAAAGAUCAGCGAUCAGUCGGCGUGCGACCGCGGCGGGGACAUGGCGCCCGAAUUAUCGAGCUCGACGAACACGGAGGCCAACGAGACGAAGACGAGCGUUAGCAGCAAGGAGAAGAAACGGCGGCGCUGGGGCGUGUUCAUGGGCCGCGGGGCGAAGCCCGAGCUGCGGAGCGCCACGCUGGGCCGCGACCGCGCCAAGCCCGCGCCGCAGCCGCCCAACAAGCACCGCUGGUCCACCGGCCUGCCCAAGUUCCAGCCGCUACCUCCGAGCAUUACCAAAGAAACUUUGUGCCAACUCCUCGAGCGGAAGAUGUCAGAUGAACAAGUGGCAUUCGCGUUCGAGCGGCUGCCGAAAGGUCGCGAGCGCGGCGGCUCCGUGCAGACGGCGCUGCUGGCGGAGCACGCGGCGCUCAACGGCGGCGCCGACAGCCUGCCCUACGACGACAACCGCGUGCGCCUGCGCCCCACGCCCGCCAACCCGCACGGCUACAUCAACGCCUCGCACGUCACGAUGACGGUGGGCAGCACGCAGCGCUUCUACGUGGUGAUCAAGGUGGGCGUGGGCGCGCCGGCGGGGCCCGGCGGCUGCGGCUGCGGCUGCGCCGGCGUGUGGGACUGCGCCUGGACCGUGGGCGCGCGGCUGCUGGCGCUGGUGGGCGGCGCCGCCUGCCCGCACUACCUGCCCGCCGGCCGCGCCGCGCUCGAGCUGGGCGGGUGCGUGGUGUCCUGCGUGUCAGUCUCACGGGCCCGCUGGGGCGCCUCGACUCGCGUGCGGGUGUCGCGAGUGCGUGGUGUCUUGCGUGUCCGCGUCGCGGGCCAGUGCGUGGUGUCCUGCGUGUCAGUGUCCCGGGCCCGCUGGGGCGCCUCGACGCGCGUUCGGUGCGUGGUGUCCUGCGUGUCAGUCUCACGGGCCCGCUGGGGGGCCUCGACCCGGGUGCGGGUGUCCCGAGGGGGCCGCGCGCGACUGCUGUGGCACGUGCACUACACCAACUGGCCGGACGGGCAGGCCGUGCCCGACGCUGCUGACUUUCUCAGUUUCCUCCUCGAAGUGAACGGUCUCCGGCUGGCGUGUUCGGCAGAGGCGGCGGCGGAGGGCGACUCGCGGGGCGGCGCCGGGGCCUGGCCGCUGGUGGUGUGCUGCUCCCGCGGGCGCGGCCGCAGCGGGACCGCGCUCGCCGCCGACGCGCUGCUGCACAUAGUGGACAACAACCAGGAGUUGGACAUCCCGCGCACCAUCAGCAUGCUUCACCAGCAGCGCGCCAACCUCGUGGACAGCGCGCCGCAGUACCAGCUGCUGCUGCGUCUGCUGCUGCACUACCUGCGCCAGUCGCGCCUCAUCUGACCCGGCUCGUCUGACCCGCCUCGUCGGAGCGGUGCCGGUGAGCUGAUACCAACCUUAAGCCUUGGAUAUAGGGCACAAUGUCCUGAGCUACCAGACUGUAACGCCAUUCAACUCUAAACUGUUCUAGGAUAGUCAACCUUAAAGCCUUGGAUAUAUGGCAUAAAGUGUCCUGAGCUACCAGUCUAUAACGCCAUUCAACUCUAACCAGUCCCGCCUCAUCUGAGCGGUGAGCUGAUACCAACUUUAUAGCCUUGGAUAUAGGGCACAGUGUCCUGUAACCUAAUUCACGUAACAAAACUUCAAUGACAUGCAAGCGAUUUGAUCGCUUUUUG